ACGUCACGUCGCUGUCACCUCAACGCGGAAGACGAUCAAGACGCAGGAGGAAAGGAAAUGAUCCGAUCCACGUCAAUGAAGUGGAACAACAUCGUUAUCGUGCACUGAUACCUCCACACCAGCAUCAUCACGCAACCGACGUCCCCCGUUUCACGGAUCCGUUUCGAGGCUCCACACAGCCCCUAUGAGCCGAGCCGGAGAGACGCUGGGAAUCCGUUGAAAGACUACCCCACCACCGCCUCAGCCUAUCGAUGGGUGAAUCCAGCUCCCGCCGCUCCACGCUGGUCUCCCGCCUGCCCAUCUUCCGCCGGAGCAACAGCAAGCGGCAAGACUCGCUGCCGUCGUCCCCGUCUUCAGGCGGCAACUGCGUGCACACGUCAUCUCCCUCCAGCACAAACUCCAGCUCGGGGAGCACCGGCAAAAGGCGGAGCCUCUUUCGCGCGCCCUCGCUCAGCUUUUCGGCCAAGCGGAGCCACCAGCCUAGCGUCCAGCCCGUCAAUUUGAACCUCACGCCGGCGCAGACCACCGACGCCAACGGGAACAGCCAGCAGUCGGCGGGAGCGAGCGACGCUCACCCUAAAUCGCGACACUCGUUCGGCUUCGGGAGCCACCGGCAGAAGAAAAUCACGCGCUCUCAAACGGAGGAUUUUGACAAGGCGUCGGCGUCCUCAUCCUCGACCAAUCGGAAUGUCUUCAUCAAUUGCCUCGGCGGCUCGGCGGUCAACGAGGGCGAUGACUCGGGCUUCAUCGAAGAUUACGGGAACGGUAGCAGGCGCUCGUCACGACACAAAAAGCACCUGCUGCCCAAGUCCCUCUCGGCGCACCACCGCUUCUCUCACCACAAACCACCGGGGGACAUUCAGGAGUGUGUUGUCGUCACACCGGGGGCCGGGGGGCUCACCCCAGGGUCUUGUCCGAGCGAUGGCGGCCUGGAGAGCUCCCUCCAGUCUCCCAUGGUAUCAGAGGACCGCACCACGGCCGUCACCCCUUCUGAGUUCAUCCCCAUCACAGAGGACUCCGUCUCUGAGGCUGAAGCUCUACCAGCUACCAGUCCUGGACCCACACUGACCACCGACACUGCCUCAGCUGAGGGUCCAUCUGUCCCAGAGACAUUCAUCUCCUCCUCACAGGUUUUCUUCACGCCGGCUCCAUCUGGCACUGAGAAUCCGUUGGUUCCCGAGACCAGCACGGCCAACAACACCGACUACGAGACGGCCGUCUCCCUCUCUGAACCCGAGACGGCCGUACCCUGUCCGGCCUCGCGGGAACUUUCGCCGGACAAGCGGGAAGAGCGCAAGGAAGAGAGAGAGGAGGCCGGGACGGAGACGCCGGGACAGGAGCCGGUCAAUCCCGAAAUUACCAGCGAGAGCGAGGCGGGAGCGCCGAGAAGCGACGGCUGCCGCUCGUACCCGGAACAGACGGAGAGGAAGGCGCGACACACUCUGUCGGUUCACGAGAGAGGGAACUUUUGCGGCUGUCGUGAACCCAGGUCCUGUCACUUAAGAAAGCCGCACACAGCCUCGCUGUGCAGCAGUGUCAGCCCCUACCAUGAGGUGAUGCGUUUGGAGCGGCGUUUGCGUUCCUCCUCGGAAGGGGCCGGCGGUCCUCGUAUCCACGGCAACCCUGGCAUGGAAGGAUGCGGCCUGCUGAAACACAGAAACAACUCCUCAUCAUCCAAAUUGGGAAGUUUGGAUGUUCUGAAUAAUAUGGGCUCCUCCGAGCUGGAUGAAGAUGACCUCAUGUUGGACCUGGACCUAUCUGACGAUCAGCGCCAUCGUCACGUUUCCAGACAAGACUCUAGCCAGUCCUUGGCAUCUUGUCUCAACCUGCUCCACUCCCCGAUUGACCCAUCAGGAGAUCGCAUCCUAUCAAAAGACAACAGCCACAGGGAGCCUCGACGUCCGACAAGUCUGCUGCCGGCCGACUGCAGCUCGGCUCCGCUUCUGGGUAGGGAAGACGAGCCCUUGCCCCCCGGAGCGGAGGUCCUCCCCCUCCGGCUGAUGCAGCAGGACUGCACCGCUGUCAAGACCCUACUUUUGAGGCUGAGGCGCACCCUACAGGAGAGCACAGAGACAAGUCCUGCCAGCAGUCUUCAGUCUCUACCCAUUAGCCCCUGCAGUGAAAAAUCACUUCCAUUGAAGGACUGGAGCAGAGAGGAGACGUUGCUGCAGCAACUAAAGGAGAAAGACGAGCUGAUUUUCCGACUGCAGAGUGAACUGGAGAGUGCCAAAGCCGCCCUGAAGAUAAAAGACUGCCACGUGAGCGACCGUGCCACACAGACGGAGCACAUGGGGCCAGAGGCCAACAACCAUCCAGGGCGGUUGUCAGGACCAGGCAACAGCAGCAGCAGCCAGCCCCUAAAGGAGCGAAGGGCAGUGCGGGCCGGGGGUGCGCCGCCCCCUCCGCCGCUCGCAGGGGACCUCGCUAAUGUCUCCCAGCUCCCACAAGCUCUUGGUUCAGCCAGGGAGGAGAAUCACUGCCACCCCCCUACUGGUAACCUGAACACGGCCCAGCAUUCUUCCAUCGCCGCCGCCCAGCCGCAGCUUCCCCGCGCGAUACCGUUUUUGACCAGCGGGCAGCCCGAGAGGGUGUCGUCCUCCUCCGAGUCCAUAAGCGGAAGCUUGGCGUCCCGCAAAGGUGAGUCUCACCACCCCAGCCUCAUCCCCCGAGCGGCGGGCACCUCCUCGUCCAGCCUCUACGGCCUGGCCAGCAGGGAGAGCGUCUCGUCUUCGGGCCUCCCCUCCCCCCCGACUCCUUCCUCCACCUCCUCGUCCUCCUCUUCCUCACCCUUCACGGGACGCCUGGGGCAACCGCCCCGGGGCCCGCUGUCCCUGCACAGCUACUCUCGUAAAAACGUCUUCCUCCAGCACUCCCUGCACACCGCUGACCUCCAGGCGCUCACGCAGAGAGACACUUGAUCGCCAGCGGACAUUUUGUUUCCUCUUUUCACAAAGCCGUAGAAGAGAACAAGAAACCGUGCACAAAUUCAACGGAAUGCUCCAAACAAUUCUCUUGGAUGUAUCUUCACUGACAUUUUGUUUACGCUCACGACACACAACGCCUCUUUCGUUGCUCAUCUCCCAAAGUCAACAAGAAAGAUAACAAUUGGGACAAAAAAAAAAUCACCUGACACACCGACACACACAGACACACACAACACCUGCAGGUGCUCUUCCCGUGAAGUCGGAAAGGAAAACAAGAAAUAGAGCCACGUAGAUCAACCUUAGCUGACAAUUUGUUCAUCCAGGCACACACACACACA